AUGAUACGCCGAGGACGAUAUGGAAAGGUAUAUACAGUCUGGGUAUGCGCCGCACCAGUGGUAAAUAUCGGCGACUACGAGACGAUCCUGCAAGUACUCGUUCGCGAUGGGGCAAUAAAUAGCAAACGUUAUGAGGCCCCAUUUCUCUGCGUCGCCAGAACGGACAAAAAUGAUGGUCACGUGUACGGUACGAUGAUGGCAAACGGGCAAAUAUGGGAGGAACACCGGAAGUUUACGCUUCGAGUGUUGAAACAGCUUGGAGUAGGGAGAGGGAUUAUUGAAGAUCGAAUCCUUGACGAACUCGACUAUCAAACCGCUGAAAUUGACAAAAGGCUUGUGAACAACAACACGGCAACAUUGGAAUUUAACCGGAUUUCGGAUCUAUUUGUCGGCAACACGAUCAAUAGCAUUCUUUUUGGAUACCGUUUCGAUGAGGAAAACUACGCAAAAUUCCACGCCGUCAAGGCCCCUCUUGAUGACGCCUUUGCGUCAAUGACCGGCCUGCACAACUUUAUGCCCGACUUUAUUAAGUAUAUUCCGGUCUUGAAAAGAAUGCACCAACAUAUUAUUCAACCACAAGAGCGGGUGCUUGAAUUUGCGAUCGAGGAAGUGAAAAAGAGAGUUGAAAGCAUCAAAGAAGGUACUUGGUCAAUUGAAGGGGAGCCUCACGACUUUUUGGAUGCAUAUCUGCAAGAGCAGGAAUUGGUGGCGACCAAUCAGAAGACUUGGGAUACUUUUAGUGAUUUUGCCCUGUACAACGAUAUUGUCGAUAUCUGGACGGCUGGCCAAGAAACCACUUCACUCACCCUCAAUUGGGCUUUUAUUCUAUUAACGCGCCAUCCUGACGUGAUUGAAAAAUGUCGAGCGGAGGUACUCGCCCUAACCCAUGGCCAUCGACACAUCAAUAUGGUAGAUAGAGACAAGACACCAUAUAUGAAUGCCACAAUAACGGAAAUCAUGCGUCGUGGACAUAUUCUAAAUCUAAACAUGGCCCGCGAAACAACUGUGGAUUGUAAAUUCGGGGCAUACACCGUUUCCGCUGGGACUGUAUUCACGCCUAAUGCCUCAUUGGUAUUGAUGGAUGAGGCUAUAUUCGAGGAUCCUGAAAAAUUCUGCCCCGAGCGUUUCGUUGAAAACCCAAAAUUGGAAGAUUCC